ACAUUACCGUGAUGUCUUUCUGCUCUUUUCUUGCCACUGCACUCCUUGGCCUGUCUCUUACUCAAUCAGCUCUUUCCAUAUCGCCUGGUUUUCCUUAUGGGUCUCAGAAAGUGCGUGGAGUCAACCUGGGCGGAUGGCUUGUCCUCGAGCCGUGGAUCACUCCUAGUAUAUUCGACAACACAGGGAACUCUGCUAUCGUCGAUGAAUGGACGUUCGGGCAGCUCCAGGAUAGCAACACGGCCACCAGUGUGCUUCAGAGCCACUGGAACACAUGGAUCACGGAGUCUGACUUUGCAGCCAUCGCUAAUGCUGGGUUAAACCACGUACGUUUACCUAUAGGGUAUUGGGCUUUUGAAGUUGGGCCUGGAGAACCAUACAUACAAGGCCAACUUCCCUACUUGCAGAAGGCGGUUACGUGGGCCGGCAAUUACGGUUUGAAGGUCAUAGUUGAUCUUCAUGGCGCUCCUGGAAGCCAAAACGGAUAUGAUAACUCCGGGCAUCGAAUCAGUUUCCCUGAAUGGCAGUCUAACCAGACCAAUGUUGAUAGAACGGACGCCAUCAUCAAGACCAUUGCUUCCAUGUUUGACGGUCAAACAAACGUUGUACCAAUCAUCGCUCCUUUGAAUGAGCCAGCGGGAUAUGACGGUGAACAGAUGCUUGAAGUUGUUACUCAGUAUUGGUAUGACUCGUACGGUAACAUCAGGUAUCCCUAUGGAACAUCGCAGGAAAGCAACACAGUCGUACUUCUCCAUGAUGCUUUCCAACCGUUGAGCUAUUGGGACGGCUUUCAGACCCCUCCUAACUACCAAGGAGUAGCCAUGGACACUCAUAUCUACCAGGUUUUCUCCGAUUCAGAUGUUGCAAUGAGCUAUCAGGACCAUAUCAACACUGCAUGCGCAACGCAAUCAUCUCUUUCCAGUUUUGAUUUGUGGACCAUUGUCGGCGAAUGGACACCUGCCGCAACUGAUUGUGCGACCUAUCUUAACGGACGCGGCAUCGGAGCGCGUUACGAUGGUUCCUAUCCAGGUUCAACCUACGUCGGCAGAUCGUCGUUCAGUUCGACCUAUAAGACGUUCUUGAGACAAUUUUGGGAAGCACAAGUGAUCUCAUAUGAGAAGGGCGCUGGCUGGCUUCAGUGGUUAUGGAAGGCAGAGAACGCUGACGAAUGGUCCUACCAGGCUGGCCUCGCCAAUGGCUGGAUCCCUCAGGACCCCACUGCACUGAUGUACCCCAGCAUAUGUGGGUAGAAUAGAUAGCCUAUCUUUUUCCUUUGUUCAUUAUUGGGUGGUACCCCUUGGAGGGUAGGAAAGGCGGUGUACUUCCCUCGUUUAUACCCGGUUUAUACCCUGUCGGUUUAAUAAUCUAUAUAUAUAUUAUGAUUCGGAUAUAGUU